AAUGUGAAAGGGAAAGCCGGAGCGCAGCUUGCGGGAGGAGGCACAGCCGAUUGGGGCCGGGUGCGGCUAGCUCAGCCGGCGGGGCCGGGAGCUGAGGGUUCGCCGCCGCACAGCAGAGCUGCGGGAAGAGCUCCUUUCGCGGCAGUCUAGAGGAGCCGGUGAGGCGGAGCCCGGCGAGGACUCACCCGAGCGCUCUCGCCGGCGUCGUAUCGGAGGGAGCUGCCGGUGUCCUUUCUCCGGUCAGGCUACGUUCGUCCCCCCGGUCACGGGGGAGCCGCUGCCCCGGCCUUGUUGCUCGCCGCGGCGGGUCCGCGGGGGGUGCCGCCGCCAGGGCCGCGCUGAUGAUGUCGGGGCAGUCGAUCACCGACCGCAUCACGGCGGCGCAACACAGCGUCACCGGCUCGGCCGUCGCUAAAGCUGUCUGCAAGGCGACGACCCACGAGGUGAUGGGCCCCAAAAAGAAGCACCUAGACUAUCUAAUACAGUGCACAAAUGAAAUGAAUGUGAAUAUUCCACAGUUGGCAGACACACUCUUUGAGAGAACUGCGAACAGUAGCUGGGUUGUAGUUUUCAAAGCUCUAAUUACAACGCACCACCUCAUGAUGUAUGGAAAUGAGCGCUUCAUCCAGUAUCUUGCAUCGCGAAACACUCUGUUCAAUUUAAAUAACUACCUGGACAAAAGUGCCAUGCAGGGCUAUGAUAUGUCUACCUUCAUUAGGCGAUACAGCAGAUACUUGAAUGAAAAAGCACUUUCAUAUAGGCUUGUAGCAGUUGACUUCACCAAAAUGAAAAGAGGGAUAGAUGGAGUGAUGAGAACCAUGAAUGCUGAAAAGCUUCUGAAAACCCUCCCAAUCAUACAGAACCAGCUUGAUGCACUCCUUGAUUUUGAUGCAAAUCCAAAUGAACUAACAAAUGGUGUUAUAAAUGCUGCCUUUAUGCUCCUCUUUAAAGAUUCCAUUAGACUUUUUGCAGCAUACAAUGAGGGGAUUAUUAAUCUUUUAGAAAGAUAUUUUGAUAUGAAGAAGAACCAGUGCAAAGAAGGCUUGGAUAUUUACAAAAAAUUUCUAGCCAGAAUGACCAAAUUGUCAGAAUUCCUCAAAGUAGCAGAGCAAGUUGGAAUUGAUCAGGGUGACAUUCCAGAUCUUACUCAGGCACCCAGCAGCUUGCUUGAAGCACUGGAACAGCAUUUGGCUUCUGUGGAGGGAAAGAAAACAAAAGAAGUCUCUGCUGCCAGCAGAGCUAGUGCCCUAUCCAGUGCAGUUUCCACACUUGCCAGUACAGGAAUGUCAUUUAGCAGGAUGGAUGAGAAAGAAAAGCAGCAGGCAUUGGAGGAGGAGCAAGCUAGACUGCAGGCACUUAAGGAGCAGCGAUUAAGAGAGAUUUCUGUAGUAUCAAAUUCCACUUCCACAUCUGCAUCCCCAAGCACCUUGUCAGGAAAAAGUGUGAAUACCACUGUAGCUGUUGACCUCUUUGCAGUACCAGCACCCACAACGAAUAGCAUGCCCAACCUUUCCAGUGAUCUCUUUGACAUUCAGCCUGCAUUUGUUCCAACUGUUCAGAGUACUCCGGCUAUAUCAACAUCAGCAAGCAAUGCUUGGGGAGGUCCUUUCUCGUCUUCAAAUGGUUGUGUUGGUUCUCCACCUCAUCUGGACAUCUUUGACAUGAAGCCAGUUGAAGAAGCUGUAAAAUCUACCACCCCUUUCAUCAAUUCUACUUUUUCCUCCAAACAAACGGUGGAACUCUUUAGUGAUGACUUUAGUGGUCAUAAGCCUACAUAUGCUUCUGUGUAUCAUCCUCUGACUGUUGAUGGUUUUCCUCUUCAUUCAGCUCCUCCAGGUACCACCGCUUCAACAAUUAAUGUGGACUUCGAUGCUGUUUUUGGAGGAAAAUCUACAGCACCAGAGUACAGGACUACAAGUGACGAUGUGUUGCAACCCACUGUACCGCCAGAGAGUCAAAGAACCACAUUAGGCAACCAACAAAGUGGAAAAAUUUUGGCAAAUGACCUUGAUUCUUCACUUGCUAAUCUAGUGGGAAAUCUUGGCUUUGGAGGAACUCCAUCCAAAAAAUCGGAUAUGCAGUGGACCCAGCCUACAGAGAAGAAACUUACUGGUGGAACAAACUGGCAAGCAAAAACAAGCACGUCAACCACAUGGAACCCUACUCCCUUACCUACAAUCCCACAUAGGAAUGGAGUACACUAUCCUGCAUAUGUACCUGCUCCUAUCGCGUACCCAUUGACCACACCUCAAGUGCCUGUGUAUGGAAUGGUACCUCCUCAGGUUGGAGCUGCUCCUUUGAUGGCACCUCAGUCAAUGAUGUAUACACAGCCUGGUCUAAGGCCAACAAAUCCUUUUGCACCUGUUUCUGAAACUCAGAUACAGUUUCUGUAGAGCCACCAAAGCAGCAAGAUGUGAGAACAACCAAAUACCAGUUAAAAAAAAAAGACUGAAAUUCAAUCUUUCCAUGAUGUAUGCCUGAACAGGGCGACUCCUUCUUCCCUGUAUAAUACAGCAUUAUUUUGGAUUGCAAUGCUUUAGAGAUUCUUGUUUAUAACAGUCACUGCAGCGUGAAGUCAUGUGUGUUCACUGAUUGAGGGGGUUUUGUUGGCUUUUUUUUUAACUGCUCAUAAAAGUGUAUUUUACUGAGCUUGACUCAGAGGGUGCAAGCUGGAUUAUCAUCUUCAAAGCUGAGAAGAGGGGUUACAUGGUUGCUCUACAACCUUAUUCAUCAGUGGAUUACCUUAAGUAUUUAACUGAGGAUGUCAAAGCUAUUUAUGUUCUCCAUAAAUUCUGUGGCUGUUGUAACCAAGACACAAAACAAAUUAAAUUGAGCAAUAAAAUUUUUAUGUGCUCUAAUAAAUACUCUUGACAGAGCAAUGCUUGCAUUAUCAUAAGGCAAAUAUUGUGUGAAAUCAGACAGCUUUUUCACAUUAGAAUAGCUUCUAGCAAUUUGCAAACUUUAUAAUGUGAGUUUGAAAUGCUGUGAAUCAACAAAAUAUAUACAUAUUGUGCAUAUAUACAUGUAUAGUAAAAAUAAUAAAUUGCUCCAUUGGUAUGUCAGUGUUACAUGGCUGGUUGAAAGAGCCAGGCUCUGACAGGGACUGCAUAGGGGAAACACAUGUGUUACAGAACAGCAUGUGCAGCCUCCAGCAAGUGACAGCAGCUGUACUUCCUUCCAUCCAGUCUCUCUUCUGCAGGCAGUAUCUCUGGUAGCUCAAGGAGGAACAGCUUUCAGAGCCAGUCAAUGUCAGUAUGCCCAACAGCAAAUUUCCCCGAAUGGGAAAUCUUCAAUAUCUUGUUGUUAGCUGCAGAAGCAAGAGAUCCCAUAUUUU